CGAGUGUUAGUGAAUGCACCAUAACAGCUAUACAACCUUGCUAGUUGUAGCUAGCACGUUGGCUAAUGCGGAUACAGUACCCAUAGACGACGUUAUAUGCUCGGGAAGGGACAACCGGCUCAACCAAACAAGGGGAUUAUAACCUUCUUUCUAUGUGGUUCCGAUUAACUUGCCGAAGUCAUGGCGGACUGUCCUCCUCCGCGAACUUUCUCAGCUAAUGCCGAUGUUAGCUGCGCAAUGAGCUGCAGCAGCAGCUAAGCGAUUAGCCGAGCAAAUUAGCUGUAUGCUAGUUUUUCACAGCUUCAGAUGCUUCAAUGAAUGAGGGCUGUCGCACGGACAGGAGGCAUCAGUAAACAAUGUACGCUGGCUACUAGCCUCCUCCUUGUUGUGGUCCAGCUCGGCUGGUUCUAGGCAAUCAGAUCCUCGGAGAAGUAGAAGGUUCCAGGCUAUAGAUUAUUUAGAGAAGAGCGACGGUCAGUUCCGUUCGCUAAUGGACAUUAGCAGGUAGCCACGGGGACUAAUUCAACCGGGAAUAACUUUGUUGGAAAUACAUCAUAGCGAAGAAAUCCUGCCUUACCCGGGUACAUAAUUAGACUUAGCAAUAGCAAUGCUAGCUUGCGCUGCGAUAUUACGUAGCCAGCAUCGCAACGACAAAGCCAGGGGGAUCUUUCGUUUGCAAAGUUAUAUUCGAUCCUUAUGAACGCCCCUGGCUCGAGUCCUCGCAGCAGAGUUUUUUUUUAAUUUUAUUUAUUUGCGUAACGUUACCUGCCGUUUGCGAGAAUGAUGGCGUUUGGGACCAACACCACCCUCGGUCCCAGGUAGGGGAGCGGUGGUGAAGACUCACUGGCCUGGCUGGUCCCGGGCCCCUUGUUUACCGAUGACGGCGAGACAUUGAUCAUUAAGCAGCUAUGUCGUUGUGUUGAUGUAUUCACCUCGCAAAGCGGAUUAUGAAUCGCGACCUGGAUGCCAUCAAAUGCCGUCAAAGUAGUGAAUCAUGACGGACACGGAGGAAGUUCCCCAAGACGAAAAUUAUUGGAAGUAAUCAUGGACUGCUGAGCUCAACUGUGUGUGUGUGCAUUAUUUUAUUUUUUUAAAUCAAAAACUGCUUUUUUUAAAAGUCUGUUUCACCGGCACCGCAUCGACAUGUCCGCGUUCGCGGAGUUCGUGCCCCCUCCGGAAUGCCCGGUUUUUGAGCCGAGUUGGGAGGAUUUCUCAGAUCCUUUAGGAUACAUCAACAAGAUCCGACCCAUUGCAGAGAAAACGGGCAUCUGCAAGAUCCGGCCGCCCGAGGACUGGCAGCCUCCCUUUGCCUGUGAUGUGCGCAACUUCCACUUCACCCCUCGGGUGCAGCGGCUGAACGAACUUGAGGCCCUCACUCGGGUUAAGCUCAACUUCCUGGAUCAAAUCGCUAAGUUCUGGGAGCUGCAGGGAUCCAAGACUCGAUUUCCUCACGUGGAGAGAAAAGUGCUGGACCUCUAUCAGCUCAGCAAGAUCGUGUCCUCAGAGGGCGGCUUUGAGAGCGCGUGCAAAGAGAAGAGGUGGUCCAAGGUGGCCAGCAGGAUGGGCUUCCCCGCUGGGAAAGGCACCGGCUCACUGCUGCGCUCCCACUAUGAGAGGAUCCUUUAUCCGUAUGAACUCUUCCAGUCCGGUGCCACGCUGACUGGCAUCCAGCGGCUAUACGACGAAGGCGACGACGAGGACGAGGUGGAUGAGGGAGUCGGCGAGGAGGCGGAUGAGGACGAGGAGCAGGAUGAGGAGGAGGAGGAGGAGGAGGAAAAAGAUGGAGAGGGUGACACCAUGCAGACUAAAGAGCAACUUCUGCCCGAGAGACGCUCCAGGCGCCUUAAGUCUGAGAGGGAAAACAAGGAGCCAAAAGGCCUCAAGAUCUUUGGUACGAGUCCCAAGAUGGUUGGCUUGGAGAUCGUGUCGGCUGACGACGGAUUGAACAAGAAGCAGCGUCACCUCAAAGCCCAGGCCUUCGCCAUCAAAAUGAGGCCACGCAAGGAGACCCUGGAGGUCAACUUUAUUGACCUCUACCUCUGCCUGGUGUGUGGACGGGGCGACGAGGAGGACCGGCUCCUGCUGUGUGACGGCUGUGACGACAGCUACCACACCUUCUGCCUCAUCCCGCCUCUGCAGGAUGUGCCCAAAGGGGACUGGCGCUGCCCAAAGUGUGUCGCCGAGGAGUGCAGUAAACCCAGGGAGGCGUUUGGCUUUGAGCAGGCAGUGAGGGAAUACAGUCUGCAGAGCUUCGGAGAAAUGGCUGACCACUUCAAGUCGGACUAUUUCAACAUGCCCGUUCACAUGGUCCCCACGGAGCUGGUGGAGAAGGAGUUCUGGCGCCUGGUCAGCAGCAUCGAGGAGGAUGUCAUCGUGGAGUACGGAGCUGACAUCAGCUCUAAGGAAGUGGGGAGCGGCUUUCCUGUCAGGGACGGGAAAAGGAGGCUGCUGGGAGAUGAGGAGGAGUAUGCCAACUCAGGCUGGAACCUGAAUAACACGCCAGUGCUGGAGCAGUCGGUGCUCACCCACAUCAAUGUGGACAUCUCAGGUAUGAAGGUGCCCUGGCUCUACGUGGGCAUGUGUUUCUCCUCAUUCUGCUGGCACAUCGAGGACCACUGGAGUUACUCCAUCAACUUCCUGCACUGGGGUGAACCAAAGACUUGGUACGGAGUGCCGGCCUCUGCGGCAGAAAAACUGGAGGCCGUCAUGAAAAAGUUGGCUCCAGAGCUGUUUGACUCCCAGCCUGACCUCCUCCAUCAACUGGUCACCAUCAUGAACCCCAAUGUCCUCAUGGAGCACGGAGUCCCCGUGUACAGGACCAAUCAGUGCGCAGGGGAGUUUGUGGUCACCUUCCCCAGGGCCUAUCACAGCGGCUUCAACCAGGGCUACAACUUCGCGGAGGCCGUUAACUUCUGCACCGCUGACUGGUUGCCCAUGGGUCGUCAGUGCGUGGCCCAUUACCGUCGCCUCCACCGCUACUGCGUCUUCUCCCACGAGGAGCUGCUGUGCAAGAUGGCCGCCGAUCCAGAGAGUCUGGACGUGGAGCUGGCUGCCGCAGUCGUCAAGGAAAUGGCCGAAAUGAUGGAAGAGGAGACCAAACUCCGACAGGCUGUCCAGGAAAAAGGGGUACUGUCGUCGGAGCAGGAAGUUUUUGAGCUUUUGCCCGACGACGAGCGCCAGUGUCACAAGUGCAAGACGACCUGCUUCCUGUCUGCUCUGACCUGUUCCUGCAGCCCCGACCGACUGGUCUGCCUGAGCCACGCGGCAGACCUGUGUGACUGCCCACCUGGCAACAAGUGUCUCCGGUACCGCUAUGAUCUGGAGGAGUUUCCGUCCAUGCUGCAUGGGGUCAAGACUCGGGCGCAGUCUUAUGACACCUGGGCAAAGAGGGUCACGGAGGCCUUGGCUGCCGAUCAGAAAAACAAGAAAGAUCUUAUUGAGCUCAAGGUUUUGCUAGAGGACGCGGAGGAUAGGAAGUAUCCCGAGAAAGCUUUGUUCCGACGGCUGAGGGAGAUGGUCAAAGAGGCGGAGACGUGCUCCUCUGUGGCUCAGCUGCUGCUCAGCCGCAAGCAACGGCACAGCGCCCGUCUACGUUCUGAAAUCAGUCGUAACCGUACCAAGCUGACAGUGGAUGAGCUCAAGGCCUUCGUGGAUCAGCUCUACAGGCUGCCCUGCAUCAUCAGCCAGGCCAGACAAGUCAAAGAGCUACUGGAGAAUGUGGAGGACUUCCACGAGCGAGCCCAGGUGGCCCUGUCGGACGAGAUGCCGGAUUCCUCCAAGCUGCAGGCGCUGUUGGACCUGGGCAGUGGCCUGGACGUGGAGCUGCCCGAGCUGCCGCGACUGAAGCAGGAGCUCCAGCAGGCCCGCUGGCUCGACGAGGUGCGCGUCACCCUCGCCGAGCCGCACCGCGUCACCCUGGAGCUGAUGAAGAGGUUGAUAGACUCUGGGGUGGGUCUGGCCCCCCACCACGCCGUGGAGAAAGCCAUGGCCGAGCUGCAGGAGAUCCUCACCGUCUCCGAGAGGUGGGAGGACAAGGCCCGCGCCUGCCUGCAGGCCAGGCCUCGACACGGUAUGGCGACCUUGGAGAGCAUCGUGCUGGAAGCUAGGAACAUUCCAGCAUACCUACCUAAUAUCUUGGCCCUCCGAGAGGCCCUGCUGAAGGCCAAGGACUGGACAUCUAAGGUGGAAGCCAUUCAGAGCGGCAGCAGCUAUGCUUACCUGGAGCAGCUGGAGAGCCUGCUGGCCAGGGGGCGCUCCAUCCCCGUCCGGCUGGACCCACUGGUCCAGGUGGAGUCUCAGGUAGCCUCGGCUCGAGCCUGGAGGGACAGGACCGGUCGCACCUUCCUCAAGAAGAACUCCACGUACACACUGCUGCAGGUCCUCAGCCCUCGCGUGGACAUUGGCGUUUACGGCAACAGCAAGAGCAAGAGGAAACGCGUCAAGGAGCUCAUGGAGAAGGAGCGGGUGGGCUUUGACCCCGACGCCCUGAGCGACCUGGAGGAGAGCCUCGAAGAGGCGCGAGACCCUUCCACCGUCGUGUCCGCCUUCAAAUCCAAAGAGCAAAAGGAGGUGGAGGCCAUCCACUCCCUCCGCGCAGCCAACUUGGCCAAGAUGGCCAUGGCCGACCGCAUCGAAGAGGUCAAGUUCUGCCUGUGUCGAAAGACGGCCAGCGGCUUCAUGCUGCAGUGCGACCUCUGCAAGGACUGGUUCCACGGAGCGUGCGUGCCUCUGCCUAAGACGGGAACUCAGAAGAAGGCGGGCGGGGGCUGGCAGAGCAACAGCAAAGACUCCAAAUUCCUGUGUCCGCUGUGUCAGCGGUCCAGGAGGCCGCGGUUGGAGACCAUCCUGUCGCUGCUGGUCUCGCUGCAGAAGCUGCCGUUGCGUCUUCCCGAAGGAGAAGCCCUCCAGUGUUUGACGGAGAGGGCGAUGAGCUGGCAGGACCGAGCGCGUCAAUCUCUGGCCACGGAGGAGCUGUCCUCGGCCCUGGCCAAGCUGUCUGUGCUGAGCCAGCGCAUGGUGGAGCAGGCGGCGAGGGAGAAAACCGAGAAGAUCAUCAACGCCGAGCUGCAGAAGGCUGCCGCCAACCCGGACCUGCAGGGCCACAUCCAGACCUUCCAGCAGUCCGGCUUCAGCAGAGCCGCAUCACCUCGCCAAUCCGUGGACUACGAUGACGAGGAGACCGACUCUGACGAGGACAUAAGGGAGACGUACGGUUAUGACAUGAAGGACCCGGGCGAGGUGAAGCCCUACCUGUUCUGUGACGAGGAGAUUCCCGUGAAGUCUGAGGAGGUGGUCAGUCACAUGUGGCCGGUAGUCACGCCCUCCUUCUGCGCCGAACACGCCUACUCCUCUGCCUCCAAGUCCUGUGUGCAAAACAUGAGCACGCCCAGGAAGCAGCCCAGGAAGACCCCUCUGGUGCCUCGCAGCCUGGAGCCACCGGUGCUUGAGCUGUCCCCGCAGGCUAAGGCCCAGCUGGAGGAACUGAUGAUGCUGGGAGAUCUGCUGGAGGUGUCCCUGGACGAGACCCAGCACAUCUGGAGGAUCCUGCAGGCCACCCACCCCCCCUCUGAGGAGAGAUUCCUGCAGGUCAUGGAGCCUGAUGACUCCCUGAUGGAGAAGCCUCUGAAGCUCAAGCUCAAAGAUUCCGAGAAGAAGAGGAAGCGGAAGCUGGAGAGGGCCGAGCAGCACCACAUGCUAAUGGCCGCCGCCGUCGCCGCCGGCGGAGCGGCUGCGAUGGGCGAUAUGAGGCCGGCCAAGUCCAAAGAGCUGAAAAGGGUCGGCCUGGAGCUGGGCCUCGGGGGCAAACCCAAGAAGAAGAAGCUCAAGCUCAACCUCGACAAGAACCGGGAGAUGAAGCAGCUGGCCAAGCGGCUGGUCAAGGAGGAGAAGGAGAGGAAGAGAAAGGAGAAGGCUGCGUCCAAGGCAGAGGCUGUCAGGGAAGGGCUGGAGAAGAGGAAGGAGAAGAAGAUCCUCGACAUCCCCUCCAAGUACGACUGGUCCGGGGCCGAGGACUCCAACGACGAGAACGCCGUGUGCGCAUCCAAGACCUGCCAGAGGCCCUGUAAAGAUAAGGUGGAUUGGGUGCAGUGCGACGGCGGCUGCGACGAGUGGUUCCAUCAGGUGUGCGUGGGCGUGUCGUGCGAAAUGGCCGAGAAUGAGGACUACAUCUGCAUGGACUGCUCUGGCAAGGCUGCCGGGGGGGGCGUGGCCAUGGAGGACGAGGAGGAGGACGAGGAGGAAGAGGAGGAGGACGAGGAGGUGGUGGUGGUAGCGGCCGAGGAGGAGAGCGUCGUCGUGCUGUCCACGUCCAUGUGCGGCGUGCAGAGUCUGCCACCGCCCGCUGUGGUGGCCUCGUGGUCUCAUGUGGCCUCCGCCUCUCAUCUCAUCCCAGUAGCUUCUCCUCAUCAUCAUCAUCAUCAUCACCAGCAGCCGCAGGAGCCUCAGCAGGGAAGUUAGCGCUUAAAGAAGAAGGAGGAAAAAAAAACAGCGUCGGACUGUUUGAAUACUGUACCUCGCACAAUGACCAUAACACAAAUGGCUAGUGUUUCAGCCUCUGGACCUGCAAAACAAAAGCCCUUUUUCACAAGCGAUUCUGAAGGAGGAUGAGGAGGAGGGAUGGGCCGCCUCGAUUAUAGAGCACAAGAAAGAAGAGGACUUGCCACCCGUGCGGCUUCUUCAACGUUGUGGUCCGUCUCCAAGCGCUAAGAUGUGUUGAUUAGUACGCGCACAAGACUCAACCCCCCCUUGGACCCUGAGCAAAAGACAGUUCCAGGUCUACAAGCAUCCACCAGCUACUUUCUGGUCCUCCCCUGAACAAGAGCGUGACAUUGGUGCACUUUCAAUGUGCUUCCAAUCAAACACCCACUUACUCCAGCUGUUGUAUUCAGUGCAAGUGGGCCAAUAGACAAAUGUGUCCCCAGCUGUGUUUCACUGGACAUCCUGAACCGCUCCCCUCCGCCCUUUGUGUGGCCCUUCAGUCAGUAACAUCUCAAUGUGUAGGACUCCAGUCUAGGAAAAACACAAAUGGUUGUAAUGUAGUGGAAUUAUUUAUAAUGUACAUACUUUUAAGCAAUUAAACAAAUGGAUUGUGGCUUUUUUGUUUUUGUUUUCUCACCUUUAAUAAACUAUUCCUAGUCAAAUGA